AUGUCUGCCGCCGCGGUAGCUUCCACGGCCCUGCGCCCGCACGACUGGCCGAUGGGCGUCUGGGUCCUCCUCCUGACGGGGCUGGCCUACGCCGUCGGCGCCCUCGUCCACCGGCCCUCGUUCCCGAACAGCGCGCCGAGGCUAUUCAAGAGCUACCCCGUCGUCGGCUCGCCGCGCUUCUUCUCGAAGCGCGGCAACUUCCUGAGCGAGGGCCGCCGCCUCGCCGAGUCGGGCAACUGGAGCUUCUACUUUGGGAAGAAGAGGAUCGUCGGCCUCAGCGGCCUCGAAGGCCGGCGUCUCUUUUUCGAGAGCCGUGAAUUGGAUUUCGCAAAGGGGUACGGCGCCCUCCUCAACGCCACCCCGGAAAUCAACUUGUCGAGCGGCGAGCGGUCCUCGGAUGACAACUUCGACGCCAAGUUCAACCGGAGCCUCGUCCGGCUCCUGCGCAAGGACGUACUGUCGCAACGCCUGCACCUCCUCGUGUCGGACGCGCGGGGCACAAUGGACGACCUCGCGGCGCGCAUCGGCCCGUCGUCCGAGUUCGGCACGAGCGACCCUUUCGAGGACAUGUACCGCCUCGUGUUUCAGCUGACGGUGCGCAUGGUAGGCUGCGAUGAGGUGGCCGAGGACCCGGUCCUCCUGCUGCGGAUGCUGCGCAUCUUCGAGGGCAUCGACGGCGCGGCGACGGCGACCAAGGUCAUGUUUCCCUGGAUGCCGACCGUGGGUCACCUGCGACGCGUCAUCAGCGGCGCCAGGAUGUACCGGAUUCUCGAUGGGGUGAUCCAGGAGCGCAAGGCGCGCGGGGUGCCGGGCAACGACGCACUGCAGUUCCUCAUGGACAACGGCGACAGCACCAUCGAGAUGGUGGCCUUCCUCGUCGGCGCGCUAUUCGCGGGGCUCAUCAACACGGGCAUCAACGCGGCGUAUCUGCUGUGCUUCCUCGCCGGGGACGCGCACUGGUACGGCGAGUUCCAGCGCGAGGUUGACGGGGUGAUUGCGCGGCGGCGGCGGUCCGCGGAGCAGGCGGCCGACGAGAUCCUGGCGAGCAUGACCAUGGACGAGUGGGAGGCUGAGUUUCCGCUCAUAGACCUCGGGCUCAAGGAGGUGAUCCGGCACACCCUCACGGGCUGCGGUUUCCGCUACAACGGCAGCGGCAAGGACCUGCCGAUUGGCAAGACGGGCGAGGUGGUGCCGCAGGACGCGUACGUCGUCUACCAGUUCGACUCGACGCACAUGGACCCCGAAUUCUUCACGGACCCGUCGCGGUGGGACCCGGGGAGAUACCUCCCCGGCCGGGAAGAGGACAAGAAGGACCCGCACGCCUUCAUCGGGUGGGGUACCGGCCGGCACCCGUGUCUGGGCAUGAGGUUCGCCAAGCUGGAGAUGGCCGUCACGACUGCCAUGUUCAUCUCUCGGUUCGAUUUCUACCUCGCCGAUGCCAAUGGUAACAAGAUGGACAGGGUGCCGGAGAGCUCGAUAGACAGGAACAGGCACUCGGCGGCGAAGCCGAGGGAGAAGAUGUUUCUCAAGUUCAAGCCCCGAACGUGA